AUGCGCGACGAUGACUCGACUAGCAAAAGACUUCAAGUUGUCCCAGCUGGAAGGACAAGAAGGAGAAGAAGGCCGUCAUCAUGCAGCAUACGACAAUCAACAAUAAUUUCUCGGCUACUGAGACCAGACCCAACAACACAGCGCAAGGAAACCUUCUUCCAGUGGCGGAAGGGGAAAGAUCCCUGGAUGCAAAGUGCAAUGGACCACUUCUUGAACAACUUUGUCUUCAAUGCCGAAGAUCUGUCUCUGCUUAUUGGCGGCAGCGGCAUCGAAGUAUUUGAUAUUGCACCCGCCGAAACCGGCCCAGGCCGUACUGUGAUUGACGUGCUCGAUGUCCUGGCCAGUGGGCUACUGAUUGUUCGAGCGGCUUCGAUGCAGACAAUCGAAGGACGGAGAGAACAGCAUGUCAAAUAUCGCCUGGCAAUGUGGAAGCUAAGAGAGAUUAAUACAUCUCCAAAUGACAAGACAUGGCAAAUCCAUCUGGACGGAUUACUGGCGAUGCUCCAGCAGAAUCAUCACAGCACGACAAAAUGUGAUGACAAGUCAAGUUCUAAUCUGAUUGCAGCAAGGGAAUGUGCGCAGUCAGAUGGAAACGGCGAUGUUCAAAAAUUCCUACAGUCACGACCUCCAAUGGACAGCAUCGAGAAGGCUUGGUUGCUUAUGGACUUAUCAAAAUUGAAGCUGCGGAAACUAAUCGCCACCAUGGACCAUUUUCACGUUGAGAAACUCCGGGUUUCUGUGAAGCAAAUACAAAGAGAUAUUCUCCUCGUUCGUGAAUCGGUUCCGAAAGAAUAUCACCCUGCUAGGGUAAGCAAGGCGCAUUCAUCGUGGAGCUCGGCUUCGGAUCUGCCACCUUAUUAUCGUGGCUAUUAUGAAGAGGUCUAUUCAAAUAACCUCCUAUGCGCCAAAUGGAACGAGUAUAGAACCAUGCUCCUAAUCACAAGCGACUUUAUGCUCCGAUCAGGACAUUUCUUAUAUUCAGGCACAAGUCGAUCAAACACAAGAGAGGCCACAGCACUGUCUCGGACGAUGGAAGAAGCUGUAGACGGUAUUUGCGCUUCUGUUGCAUACUACUAUGACUAUUCCAGGGCAAACAAUAUCAAAAGGGUUACCAUUGCAUCUCCCAAUGAUGCCGGCAAACGGGAUUUGGUACCAUUAUCAAUGACAACAAUGGACGCUCUCGCUCUGACAUGGUCGUUGCACUGUGCAAUCGCAAUGCGUCAUGUUAUAGCAGAGGACCAGCGAGAUUGGAUGAAACAAGUACUCUAUUACACUGGAUCGCAAAUGCGAAUACCCAAGGCUAUGGCACUGGCAAGCGCGUCUGCCGAAGGAUUCAGCUAUACUGACGUCUUGGCUGGCUUGACGCUACUUGGCUUAGGAAUUUUGAGAAGCGAGUGA